GUCACCAUCGUCUCCCGCCAUUGUAACCAUCAUCCUCCUCCUCAAAGGUAUAUGAUGAACAAUGUUAUUAUCGAGAAUGGAAGCAGAGGUGAGGUGUUGUCACUUGAGCCCCUCAGCCAACCAGCGCCCCACGUUAUGCUGGGAGACGAGGAGACUAUGGUCACACUACCUGACGGAGACCCCCUGUUGUUGUGUCCUGAUGGCAGCGUCCAGCAGGCGGCGUCUCACCAGCUGACCUACGCCACGUUAGAUACUACGGCCGUUAAUAUCGUCCUUGAGCCGCUGAAGACCGAAGGUCUCGAGUCUGAACCUUCCCAGUGUGAUCUGACCGCCGGUAAGACCGAGGAUAUGUUUGACGGAGACGUUCGGGGCGGGGCGGAGUGUCCCCGACUGGUGGUGGUCGGGGAGGCCGGCACCGGAGAUGCCAUGACGUACAUCUACAUCCAGGGAGAGGCGGAGACCGCGCGGGACGGCGGAGAGACGGAGACCGGGGAGGGUCACACCAUCACGCUCAAUUCUGCGGACGGGUCGACGCUCCACACGCUGCCGGCCUCCUACACCCAACACCUGGAGCACGCUUACGGAGACCUGGUGCUGGUCGGGGGCGGAGACGGCGGGACGGUCGACGCCGCCGUCGGAGAAGUCACGGGGACCGGGGACGGCGGCCAAGAGGACAAACGGGUGUUGCUUCUGUCCGUGAGGCCGCUGAGGUUAGAGGCCGAGGGCGAGAGGCCGGCCCUCGCGCUGUCCUCCGCCGCGCAGGAGUCGACGGAGCAGCAGGGCGCCGCGGAGGAGGGCGUCGCCGAGGGAAGAGUCCGUCGGGAGACGGGUCGCCGGGAGGACGAGACCAGCACCAUCGAGGCCAGGCUGGCCACCCGGGACUCCCUGCUGCCCCCGAGGCGUAACCGCCGGUGCGGCGACCCCGGCAAACUGACCUGUCCCGUCUGCCACACGCAGUUCAAGUCUGGUCGGCACUACCACGGGCACCUGCAGGUCCACAGGGGCCAGGGAGUGUGGCACUGCGACAUGUGCCAGUACACGUGCGACUCUGCCGUGGAGCUGAGGGUACACAAGGCAGAGCUACACCACGAUGCUCGCCCCUUUAAGUGCCCCAACUGUCACCUGACCUUCCCCAAGAGCCUCAUGCUGGAGGACCACAUCAGGUCUGUACACAACAAGGAGAGGCCCUUCACCUGUUCCUUCUGUACUAAAGGUUUUUAUCGUCCUCACGACCUCAAGAUGCACCUCAACCUGCACCUGGGCAUCAAGACCAACGUCUGUUACGUCUGCGGCCAGCAGUUCAGCCAUCCGUCCAACCUCAUCCGUCACCACCGCCUGCACACGGGCAUCAAGCCCUACGUGUGUUCCACCUGCGGCAAGCGCUUCACCCAGGUCACGCUCCUGCACAAACACCGGGCGACCCACCAGCCGGGGGCCGGCACGUGUCCUCUCUGUCCCUCCUCGUUCCGCAGUGCGGCGGGACUCAGAAAACACGCCAAGUCGGAACACGACAAGUCCAUGACGCUGCAGGAGGCCGGACGCAUCCUCCGGGGGCGGCGGGGGACCGGGGGACGCAGCUACUACUGCCGGGUGUGUGGCGCCCAGUUCUCCGUCAAGUCCGAGCUGAAGGUCCACGAGCAGCGGGAACACGGGAAGGGCACGCAGCACCGCUGUGCCUCCUGCGACAAGGUGUACUGUGUGGCCGACCUCAAGACCCACGCCUGUCUCACCACCAAGGAGGUGAAGCAGAGGGCCGCCCCGACAGUCUCCGUCACGCCCGAGGCCACCAUAACGGCCUCCGCCAACUCCGAACGGGAGAGCGAUGCGGAGGAGGAGGAGGAGGAGUACCUGGUGGUGUACAUCACCUCCGAGGGAGAGAGCGUCUCCUACGUCAUGAAGAAGGGCAACAGGGCGUCUCGGGACGAGGUCCUGCAGGUCGACGCCCCCCGACCCGAGCAGCUGGCCGAGGAGACCUCAGCCCGGCCGGAGGAGACCAUAAUGAUCAACGUGCAGGACCGCCCCCCGGCCCUCGCCCCCCACCGGGCCGCUGUCUCGUCCCCGGACGGGAACGUCCCCGUCGCCGAUCCGACCGAGCCGGAGGACGCCGACCCGGACUCUCCCUUACCGGUACACGGCAUCAAGCUGGAGCCUCGGCCGUCCACCGACACCCCAUCAGAUGCCGUCGACGCCUCACGGCUCGCGGACAGAUCGUUCCUCUCCCUCGUCACCUCCAUGGAACUGUCGGCUCCCCAGAACUCCGGCUCCAGGGUCAAGAAGAAGGCCGCCCUGCGUCCCAUCUCCAUGAAGAGAGACGGCGGAGACCUCGGGCCCAGGAGCGAAGACUCGGAGAGCGGAGCCAAGACCGAGGGUCAGGCCGUGGCGCCGCUCACCUGUAAAGACUGCGGCAAAAAGUUCCAAAAGCAGUGGAACCUCCAGCAGCACGUAGCCACCCACGACGCCUCCCUACACAGGUACAAGUGUGGCAUGUGUAGCACUACCUUCGCCUACCGCUCCACCCUCAACAAACACAUGGUCAAACACCGCCCCACACAGGAGGUUCACGCCUGUCAGCAGUGUAACAAGAAGUACAAGUGUCUGGCCUCCCUCAAGCAACACCACAAACGUGACCACAUGCGUCAUCGGCCCUAUGUGUGCGAGAUGUGUCGGAAAGAUUUCUUCAGUAAAAGCGACUUCAAAUACCACAUGAGAGUCCACCGUAAAGAACACCCAUACAUCUGCUUCGCCUGCGGGAGGGAGUUUUCACAUGUGUCUCAUUUACAUCGCCACGAGAGGGUCCACACUGGCGAGAGACCGCACGCUUGUCCUUUUUGUCCCAAGAAGUUCAUCCAGUUCGUGACACUCAAGAUCCACCUCAAGAAACACGAGAAGAUGGCCUCCGAGGAGAUGAUGGCCGACGACAGCUACCCCGGAGGUCUCAAGUACACCGGCAUCGACCUAGUGGGCGACGGAGGGAGUAUCGUAGCCGGGAUGAACCCCGACGCGGCCGGCUUAACCCCCGGUAGAGACGCGGACGAAACGUUGACGGCCGCGGGCGAAGCGGACGUGAGCCUCGGUGGGGCGGCGGCGGUCGACUCGCCCCCAAUGAUGACGAACUCCGAGUCUGCCGAUACCGGACUGACGAGCGACCACCUGCCUCCCGGGACUAUCAUCUUGGCACAGAGUGGGCUGGACGCCUCCCACGGUGGCGGACAGUUCGGCGGGAGUCACACGGCCGUAGUAACAGGAGUAGAUGGUGACUGCAUCGCCAUAUUUGUUCAGGACAAUUUAGAGUAAUAACUUAUACAGUAAUUAUUGUCAUUCCAUUUUUAGCUGUUGGUCCCUGGUGUGGGAUCAUGUGAAGAUUAGACCCCCAGUUUAUUUUACUUCAAGAUUAAUGCACAUAACCACAAGGCUGUUACCAUGACCACACACACACUCCAUUGUUUACAGUACAGCUCCUCUACUUACCAACGAGUUACAUUCUUGAGGCUUGUUUGUAAGUCCAACUUUACUCCUGCAGAUACCAAACAUAUCGUAAAAAAUAAAGAGAUUAUGGAUAUUUAGUCCAGCUAUACCCUUUAAUACAGCCUUAAAACCUGGCUCACUCUUCUCUUAGGUAAUGUUUGUUCUAUCUGGAAUUUUCUUCAGAAUAAUCCAGUCUCAUCCACCUGUUCUGGCAGGUGACCCCCCCUCAGUGAUGAUCUUUGUAAGUUGAAUGUUCUUAAGUAGAGGAACACCUUUAUAUAUGAAACCAAACAAUAAUAAUCACUACUAAUCUACAUACAUGUUUAAAUUAUUCAUUGUCUCCCAAGUGGUCAAAGUGAAGAACAUAUCUCCUACUUAUUUCCAUUAAAUUCUUUGUAUUUUAUUAUUCAACUAUAAAAAAAUGGUUGUUAUUCAUUGUAAUUAAUAUUUUUUUGGUUGUGUGGUUGUGAGAAUGUCUAUAAGAGUGUGUAUGUGUGAAUGUAUGUAUGUGUGUUUAUGCCAGUGACUAUGUAUACUUUUAUGUAUGUAUGUGUGCGUUUAAUUCUACCAAAAUAGUCCACAUUCCAAUUUUCUUUUGUAUAUAAAUAAUAAUCAAUUGUGUACAUUAUUUAUAAAACCUAAAAUUGGUCCUAAACUUCAAUAAAUGACUUAAUUAAUCACU